AUGGCGUUCAGCCCGAGGAUAGCAUGCUUGUCGUACGGUAAGCCUAUCGAGAUCAGCUUCCGCGACCUGGUCUUUGGCGCAAGUUUGCGUCUUGCGAGGUCCGACACUCGACCAGAAUAA